GGUGGCAGGGUAGUCACCAACGUGCAGGCCCGGAAGACUCUCCCCAAACAUUUCCUUCCACCGCCCUAGCGUUGGGUACCUUCAACCUUUCGUAGAGGAGAACUUUCAUGGAAUAGUAUUACAACUAUUUGGUUUAAAAUGUCGACCGAAACAUCUACUGUGAAUGAUGUCCCAGAACUUCAUCGUCGUAUCGCAGAGUUGGAUCGGAGGUAUGAGUACCUCUACCCUGCUAACAUGAAUUCUCCCAGGCUAACGGAACAGCGGGUCAGGCCGCGACCCCGUGCCGCGCCCAGACCACAGGCUGAAAGAGCGCCUGUUCCAGAACCAGCGGCGGCGGAAGUGGACGAUUGUGAGCGCUUGGGGACGUUCUUCGGUGAGGUGAACAAGUGCCUGCGACAGAUAGGAUUCACGCAGUUGUACUUCGGGGAGAAGAUCGUGGAGCCAGUGGUGUACCUACUCUUUUGGGCAUUGAUCUGGUUUCUGGGUAUCCAGGCGCUAGGCCUGGUCGGAACCCUGUGCAUUGUCAUCAUCUACAUGCAGAAGUGAAAACCUACAAUCACCCACAACUCAGACUGGGCAAAACGUGAGGAAAAUAUGAAGAAAAUGUAUACGUUUGCAGUGUGCCUCCCUCACUGUGUGUGUGUGUGUGUGUGUGUGUGUGUGUGAGAGAGAGAGAGAGAGAGAGAGAGAGUGUGUGUGUGUGAGAGAGACCUAUCGAGUGUGAGCAUGGAAGAGGCACAUGCCUACAUAUCAAAUUGUCUACCCAAUAGCUCGUAAAAUACAGAGUAGAGAUAAUGCUUUCUAACGGGUUUUUCUACCUGGAGUUUUUUAAAAAACGUGCAGUCAUUUGUGUACUAUCUGAGAUACAUUCAGGGAGAAGCUCCUUUACAUGGAUGCAUGUGUAGUAAACGGUGGAGGAGCGUUAUGCAUAUUUAUGACUAGCAUGAAUGUUUAUGCAGUACAUUGCACUCAAUGUUCAAAAACAAGCAAAUCUUAUUGAAACACGAAUGCUGUCACUAUGAGCUUUAUUGUUGCUUGCUUCGUUCCCCAAAUCAUUCCUGCAGUCUUCCUGUAUUGUCACCAACAGGGGGUGAUGUUUCCCCGGUUCUGCAUAUAGUAGGGAUACACAAGCUGCAAUUGGUUCUUACCCGCGUCGGUCGUUCAUAAACAUUAUUUACUUGAAUGCAUGCUUGCCCUUCAAUGAGCACUGCAUGUAAAUAUGAAUGGGUAGUUGAAUGGUGAAAGUGUUGGGUGUAAUACUGUGAGAUUACGAACCCUUCCAGUAGGAUGGCUUUUCCAGUUUUCUAACAUUUUUUUUUUGGUGGAGGAUUUAACUUAUUGCAGGAUACUACACUGUGUACACUAUCCAGGUCUUUAGAGAUCUAUCUAAAUACUGUUAAAACAGUGUAUGCUGUUAAAUAAGUGUUUAUUAAAAUGAAAUAUUAAGACAUACCGGAUAUGAUGGUGUAAACUUAAUGUAUUCUUUAUCACUGGAAUGAAUGAAGUUUUGAUCACAUACCGUAAUUCCCAACUAUUAGCUGAGGUUUCUACAUUGAUUUUGCAAAAUUUCUUUAGCUAUGAGGGAAAUACCCAGGGACAGUUAAUAUGGUAUUAAUAUGGUUUUCUUUUCUUAACUUGCAUAAAACACUGUCCUGCGGUUUGUACACAGUGCAGCUAACACACAGGAAAUUGCUGUAGGUAUAGGGAGUGAUUAACUGUUCUUAGUUCUUCUUCUUUUUU